GAAAAGGAUGUGCUUGUGCUGCAGCGUGUGAAUACAGCUUGACGCGUUCGUGACCGAUCGCAAUGGACAGACUGGUCCUAAUAGAGAAGUUGAAAGAAUAUGGCGUGGGUCGACGGAAGCUCACCGACGACUUGUUUAAAGACGACCUGCCACUGCCGCGGCUCGGAGUACGAGAUGAGGAUGAAGAGGAACUGUGUCAUGAAAUGAUAAAAUCCACAUGCAGCAUUCCCGGAUGCCAGUUCUCAACAGAAUGUCUAUUAGAAUUCGAGAACCAUUACAACGCCUCACAUAGAUACUCGUGCAGUCAAUGCAAAAAAGUCCUCCCAUCGCCGCAUCUGUUAGACUUGCAUAUACAGGAACAGCAUGACUCGUUCUUCGCUGUGCUGGCUACUAAGAAACCUUCGUAUUGCUGUUAUAUAGAAGAAUGCAAAGAAAAAUUCAUGAAUGCAGAAGAACGUCUACAACACUGUGUUAAUGUUCACAAAAUGCCCAAAGAUUUCCGAUUCGACCAAAAGCCUAAAAACAAAAAGAGUAAACCAAAAAAUAAAAAGCCGAAUGAAGAUAGCUCUAUGGAUGUUGAUAAAGUCACUGAACAAAAACAAUUCAUGUUUACAAAUAGAAAACAGAAAGCUUUUCCUAAAUAUACAGGAAAAAAGUUUACUACAGAAAAAGAAAAUACUACCGCAGAUGUAAACAUGGAUGAAGUUGUAAAGGGCUUAAAAGAUAGUUUACCAACCUAAUAAAACAAACUUUACAUCAUAA